GACACGGGGCCGCUUCCUGUCUGUGAGUGUUGAUGUGUCCCGUUGGGUGAGGCUUGUGUCUGCUCUGCUUUUCUCUUUUACGCAUGAACUAAAACACUCCAAACUUUCGCUAUUCUCUUACUGCACAGUCCUCCACCUUACCUUUAGUUUUCCGCUGCGAAACGUUCAUUUAUUUUACACGUUUUUGCUAAAUGACUCCACGUUUGUGCCUUUGACUCGCUAGCUUCAAAGCUACGGAGCGAGACGAGCCGCUGCACCUGCUGCUAUUUUUACAUUUUCCCCAACGCCGAGUCAUUUUUAAGGAUUACGAAAAGAUAAAUACAUUUUUAAAGAGGAAACCUAACUACUUUAGCUGUUUUCAUCAUUUUUGAAAGCGUGUAUUUUAUAGAAUAAGUCGUAAAAAUAGACAAAGCCCCAUGGAGUAAGCCGUGCGCUUUUGGAGAAGGUGGAGAUGCGUAAAAGUGACCGAUGUUGCCGUGCUUUGGGAUAUUUUUAAGCGGAAAAAACUGCUGAUUGCGGACUUUGGACAUGGCGUCUCCUAAAGCGAAGAGUGUCCUCCAGAAUGAGGCCGGGAAAGAGUGUAAAGUGAGUCCCGGGAAAGGAGAGGGAGAGGCGGCGCAGCCCAACCGGAUGUACAGCCUGGACGCGCUGGAGCCCGUGGCCACUGUGGGCACGGGAACAUUCGGGCGUGUCUUUCUGGUCAGACACAAACACAGUCGACAAUUCUUCGCUCUCAAACAGAUGAAGAUCUCAGACGUGAUCCGACUGAAGCAGGAAACUCACGUCCACAACGAGAAGGAGGUGCUGUCUGAGGUCACACACCCCUUCCUCAUCUCCCUGUUUUGGACUCACCAUGACGAGCGCUUCCUGUACAUGCUGUUGGACUAUGUUCCUGGGGGAGAGCUGUUCAGCUAUCUGCGCAGUAGGGGGCGCUUCAGUAACUCGGCGGGUCUGUUCUACACGUCUGAGAUCGUGUGUGCGAUCGAGUAUCUCCACGCCAAAGACAUCGUGUACCGUGACCUCAAACCUGAAAACAUCCUGCUGGACGCACAAGGACACAUCCGACUCACCGACUUUGGAUUCGCCAAGAAGCUGUCGGACAGGACGUGGACUCUUUGUGGGACUCCGGAGUACUUGGCUCCAGAGGUGAUCCAGAGCAAAGGCCACGGCAGAGCAGUCGACUGGUGGGCCCUGGGUAUACUGGUGUUUGAGAUGUUAGCGGGGUAUCCGCCCUUCUUUGAUGACAACCCAUUUGGGAUUUACCAGAAGAUCCUGGCUGGAAAACUGGAAUUUCCAAGACAUCUGGAUUUUUACGUCAAAGAUUUAAUUAAGAAGUUUCUGGUGAUCGACAGAGCCAGACGUUUGGGCAACAUGAAGAACGGAGCAGACGACGUGAAGAGGCAUCGCUGGUUUAAGACGGUCGACUGGGACGCAGUUCCUCUGAGGAAACUCAAGCCUCCCAUCGUUCCCAAAGUGUCUCACGACGGCGACACUUCAAACUUUGACGUUUAUCCUGAAGAUGAGUGGAAAAAGGAGCCUCCUGUGGCGCACAAAGACCUGGACCUGUUUAAGAGCUUCUAACUUAAUCGUUUUCAUCUCCAAACACAUCACCCUCCUGCUCCACCCUCCUGCUCCACCCUCCACCUUACAGCCUCCACCUUCCUGCUCCAUCCUACUGCUCCACCCUCACUCUAAAAGUAUCGCUCUACGGACUCUUUCAACACCAAAUAUACAAAUGUGUUUUUAUACCUUUAUUUAUAAAAGAGGACAUUUGCUGUGUUUAUGUUGUUGGUGAUAUGCAAAUGAGCACAUGACUGUUAUGGAAACGGUUAUGAAACAAUCAGGUUUUUUUUAAUGUUUUCUAUGGUUUAACUUGGACUGUUUGAAAAAACUCGAUGUCAGUCAAUGUACAAGCUUGAAUUUGUACGAAAAAAUCCUCGUAGCACUUGUUUACAGUGCCUUAAAAUGCUAACACCGCUAAUGGGAGCUAAUGCUACAUGCUAAAGUUGAUAGCAUCCGUCAGUUAGCUGCAGAGGUGGGUAGAGUAGCCAAAAAUUGUAAUCAAGUAAUAGUUCUGCUACUUCAAAAUGGUAUUAUUUAGAAAUGACUUAAGUAAAAGUAUUUGGGGAAACUGCUGCUCAAGUAACGUCUGUUCAUCACACCAGAUUUAUGAUUUAAAACAUGAACUAAAUCACAAAAUGUGGUUUUCAAACAGACACAGAAAUGAGCCAAACUAAAUCAUAUCUGAAGGAGUUACACUGUACUAUAUAUUACUCGAGGAAGAGUACUGUUACACUGUACUGUAUAUUACUCGAGUAAGAGUACUGUUAUACUGUACUGUAUAUUACUCGAGUAAGAGUACUGUUAUACUGUACUGUAUAUUACUCGAGUAAGAGUGUACUAUAUAUUGUAGUCGUAGGAGUAAAAAUCUGGGGUCUGAAUACUACUGAGAUGUGUAAUAGUUUUUAAAAGUCAGUAGUUCUACCCACCUCAUGUGUUGGACGCUAAUAUCUUGUCUGUUCCUUGGUACAUCUGUGUCCAUGUUCAUGAUCACGUUUCUGUCGCCUUUAGCAUCUCAUACUUGUGCGUUUCAUUAAAAUAUUGUGCUUAAAGAUGCUUGU